CCAUUUCUCUGUCGUAUCCAUAGCGCUAUACACAGAACGGCCACGUGUUUGCACAUGAUGAUCAAGGCACUGCGCGUACCAACAAAGUCCCGAGCCUUCAGGAACUCUCUGUAACAUACUAACACUGGCUUUGUUUCUCUUUAUUUUUAUUUUUUCCUCUUUAAAAUCAAAUUUCAAAUUCCCGUCUCUCUCUAUCUUUAAUUUCCUUGAUUCCCACGUUAAACCCUUUGCCUUUCUCUUUAAUUGCCUGCAACUUUGCUUUCUUUCGUGUGUUCUCUAUUUCGUCGAGCAAUCUUUCCUUCUGCUCUGUGCUCCUGAAAUGGCAGCUACAACUGCGGCGUCGUUUAGUGGGAUCAGCCUUUUUCCGCCGUCCCCACAUCAGAGUAAUAGGAAUGUGUUACCUUUGCCGUCUCUAAGCUUUCCUGCAAAACGGAAUUCUCUGAAGUCGCUUUUGUUGAAGAGGAGUGGCGUUGGUUACGAGAGUAUUUCGAGGAGUCGAAGGUCCUUUGUCGUAAGGUGUAAUGCUUCUAAUGGAAGGAUUACUCAGCAAGAAUUUACGGAAAUGGCAUGGCAAGGAAUUGUUUCUUCUCCUGAUGUCGCCAAAGAGAACAAGCAUCAGAUAGUGGAGACAGAGCAUUUGAUGAAAGCUCUAUUAGAGCAGAAAAAUGGGCUGGCUCGUCGGAUCUUUUCAAAAGCUGGGGUUGAUAAUACACGUCUUUUAGAAGCUACUGAUAAGUUUAUCCAGCGGCAGCCGAAGGUUCUUGGUGAAUCUGCUGGUUCAAUGUUAGGACGUGAUUUGGAGGCUUUGAUCCAACGAGCCAGGGAGUAUAAGAAAGACUACGGGGAUUCAUUUGUUUCUGUCGAGCAUUUGGUUCUUGCGUUCACUCAGGAUCAACGAUUUGGGAAGCAGUUGUUUAGGGAUUUUCAGAUAUCUCAGCAGACACUGAAAUCUGCAAUAGAAUCAAUAAGGGGGCGCCAAUCAGUUAUAGACCAAGAUCCUGAGGGGAAGUAUGAAGCUCUAGAGAAAUAUGGAAAAGAUUUGACAGCUAUGGCAAAAGCAGGAAAGCUUGACCCAGUUAUCGGAAGGGAUGAUGAGAUUCGAAGAUGCAUUCAGAUUUUAUCUAGGAGAACAAAGAACAAUCCUGUGCUGAUUGGUGAACCAGGUGUUGGGAAAACUGCAAUAUCUGAAGGGCUGGCCCAGAGAAUCGUGCAAGGUGAUGUACCUCAAGCUCUGAUGAACAGGAAGCUAAUAUCACUUGACAUGGGUGCACUCAUUGCUGGGGCAAAAUAUCGAGGAGAAUUUGAAGAUAGACUGAAGGCUGUACUUAAGGAAGUUACAGAGUCAGAUGGUCAGACUAUCCUUUUCAUUGAUGAGAUCCACACAGUUGUUGGGGCAGGUGCUACAAAUGGUGCAAUGGACGCAGGCAAUCUCUUGAAGCCAAUGCUCGGUCGGGGAGAGUUAAGGUGUAUUGGUGCAACAACACUAGAUGAAUAUCGAAAAUAUAUUGAGAAGGAUCCUGCCUUGGAGCGUCGUUUCCAGCAAGUUUAUGUUGAUCAACCUUCAGUUGAAGAUACAAUUUCCAUUCUUCGGGGACUACGUGAAAGAUAUGAGCUGCACCAUGGAGUUCGUAUUUCUGACAGUGCACUUGUGGAAGCUGCAAUUCUUUCUGACCGUUAUAUCAGCGGACGAUUUUUACCUGACAAAGCUAUUGAUCUAGUCGAUGAAGCAGCAGCAAAAUUGAAAAUGGAGAUCACUUCAAAGCCUACUGCCCUUGAUGAAAUUGACCGUUCUGUAUUGAAAUUGGAGAUGGAAAAGCUCUCUCUUACUAAUGAUACAGACAGAGCUUCAAGAGAUCGAUUGAACCGCCUUGAGGCUGAAUUGUCCCUGUUGAAGAAGAAACAAAUGGAGCUGACAGAGCAAUGGGAGCAUGAGAAGACUGUCAUGACUCGCAUUCAGUCAAUUAAGGAGGAGAUAGACAGGGUAAAUCUUGAGAUUCAGCAAGCUGAGCGUGAGUAUGAUCUUAAUCGUGCCGCUGAACUGAAAUAUGGUAGCCUUAACUCUUUGCAACGCCAACUUGGAAGUGCUGAGAAAGAGUUGGAUGAGUAUAUGAGUUCUGGAAAGUCCAUGCUGAGAGAAGAAGUUACAGGAGAUGAUAUUGCUGAAGUUGUCAGCAAGUGGACUGGCAUCCCUGUUUCAAAGCUCAAACAAUCAGAGAAAGAGAAGCUUCUGCAUUUGGAGGAAGAGCUGCACAAGCGUGUAGUGGGUCAGGAUAAUGCAGUGAGAUCAGUAGCCGAGGCAAUUCAGAGAUCUCGAGCUGGUCUCUCAGAUCCUCGGCGUCCGAUAGCUAGCUUCAUGUUCAUGGGUCCCACUGGUGUUGGAAAAACAGAACUAGCUAAAGCACUAGCUUCCUAUAUGUUUAAUACUGAAGAAGCCCUUGUACGAAUUGACAUGAGCGAAUACAUGGAAAAGCAUGCAGUUUCACGAUUGAUAGGUGCCCCACCUGGUUAUGUGGGGUAUGAGGAAGGGGGACAGUUGACGGAGACAAUUCGCAGGAGGCCAUAUGCAGUUAUUCUUUUUGAUGAGAUAGAAAAGGCCCAUUCUGAUGUGUUCAACGUCUUCCUUCAGAUCUUGGAUGAUGGGAGGGUGACAGAUUCACAGGGUCGCACUGUUAGUUUCACUAACACUGUCAUCAUAAUGACUUCCAAUGUGGGUUCACAAUACAUACUUGACACGGAUGAUGACAUGCCAAAGGAGGUAGCUUAUGAAACUAUCAAGCAGAGGGUGUUGGAAGCUGCAAGAUCAGUCUUUCGACCUGAAUUUAUGAACAGGGUUGAUGAGUACAUAGUUUUCCAGCCACUGGAUCGCGAUCAAAUAAACAGCAUUGUCAGAUUACAGUUAGAACGCGUGCAGCAGAGGAUUGCAGACAGGAAGAUGAAAAUGCAGGUGACUGAGACAGCUGUUGAGCUUUUAGGGAGUCUUGGUUAUGAUCCCAACUAUGGAGCUAGGCCAGUUAAGCGGGUGAUUCAGCAGUAUGUUGAAAAUGAACUUGCCAAGGGUAUCUUAAGGGGGGAGUUUAAGGACGAGGACACUGUAUUAGUGGACACGGAGGUUUCAGCUUUUUCCAAUGGCCAGCUUCCCCAGCAAAAGCUAGUUUUCAAGCGGCUUGAAAUUGACGCAAAUGCCUCAGCUGCAGAAAACCAAGCUGUUUCACGGACUCUUUGAAGGUUUUUUUAGUUUCUCAAAACCUAAAACACCAUUAUGAACAGAUUCUCAUAUGAAGAAAUAAGCGGGAUGCUAAAGGAAGUCCUUUUGUAAAAGUUUUACCUGCAGCAAAUAUAAAGCCUCGAUGUACAUCUUCUCCACUUGGAAAGUAAUUUAUUGGUUGCCUUUCUUGGCUUCGUGACAAUUUUUGUAGUCCCCUUUCAUUUGGAUAAGUCAUUAAUGUUGCUUUGGAGCUCUUUAAUUACCGAACAUGCUAUGAGAAAUUCUUAUGGUCGGUGAUACAUGUAUAACAUCUAGUCGUCAAUUUCAGAAAUAAGAGUAACAAAUUAUGAAGUA